CUUGCAAUCCCUCCUGGCGGUAGAAAGGUUCCGGCUCGUGUUGAUAGCUAGUGAAAUAUAUACCGUAGAAGUCUUCGCUGUUUUAAAUUUAUAGGCUGAUGAUUUGUAUUGCUACAUUUGCUUUAAUUUGACAAUCAGAUGUACGAAGCCAUUUCUCUUUGGACUCCGUUACCUCUAUUAGAGCGAAAAGUCAACUGCACGUGUCUUCGUUGUUAAACCAGGUUAGCCAGCUAGCCAUUGCGAGCAAUAGAAGAUAACGACACACACCAUGGGCGAAAAUGCCAAAGGAGCUGGAGUGUUUCUCGAACUAAGGAAGCGGCUGCAAAGUGGUCUUCUUGUUCUCUGGAGAGAUGUGGCGAAGAGCUAUGCAGAGGUGAGGGUUACAGGAGGAGAUUCGUCCCUCCACAUCCGGACUCCUCGGGGCCUGCUAAUCGUGGAGCUGCCAGCAGGGGUCAGCCUCGUGGAGGGCUCCUGCAGGGAGGCACCUGAAAGAGGAGAUGAGAUACACUUCAGAAUGCGCCUCAAUGUGGACCAGCACACAGAUGACACAGGGGCCCUGGGGAGUGUGAUGGAGAGGCUGCAGGUCCGUGAGAGUUAUUCCUUCCACUGCCAGUCCUGUGGGACCAGGGUGCUGGAGGAGAGGGUGUUCAAGCGAGUGCUCCCUCUCCCCAACUGCAACUGGAGCUCCCUGGUGGAUGACUGGUGCUGCCAUCCAGACCCCUUUGCCAACCUGAAGCUGCUGCCCCGAGCGGAGGACUGUUUAAUGGGCGACACUCACCUCCUUGUGCCCCUGGAUAGAGGCUGUGAGGAGACUCUCACCCAGGAGCUCAGCCCCAUCACCAACAAAAUGGCUGAGGGUCAAAAUCAGGACACACCGAAACCCAACCGCAGGCGUACGCUUGUCUCCUGUAAGAGCUGCACAGCCGGCCUGGGAGAGGUUGUGGCACCAGGGACCUUGAAACUCUACAUCACAGAGGUGACGGUGAGACCCAGUGUGGGAGACAGCCAGUUUGAUACCUCUCCAGACAGGUCACUGUUCCUGGAACUGACCAUUGCUGCCAGACUGGUGGAGCUGUCCUCCUCACAGAGCGUGUUUCGUUUCUCUAUCCAGGCAUCAGAUGGAAAAGCCUUCAUAUUGCUCUGGCUCCUGAACAGCGACUCCCUCAUUGCCUCGUUCUCUGCCACUCCGUCAUCGACUGUCAGAGGUGAUGCUGUCACCUCUCCCGGCCACCACCAGUGUUCUGAGCAUCAAUCACCCACUGAGGCUGGCAGCGCCGUCAAAGUUCUCUAUCUCCCCUGUUCUCUCUCUGCCAGCACACACCAGGAUGUUGUAGACACCUGGGAGAAGGACAUCGGUGUCCACCCCCUAGAACUGCCCCUGACCACGUGCCAGGAGCUGUUGUCGGUGCUGACAGCCAGUACUUCCUGUCUCCCUCCGUCGCUGCAUUCCAUGAACUCCUACCAGUGCAACAAAAGAAAUGGUCACCUUUUUGGGUCCUCACCAGUUUGCAUCCCUGAUUGCAACCAUCUAUCAAUGACAGCAGCUGGUUCAAAGGUACAUACUUGAAAGCGUUAACGUUAGAGGUUGAGGUUCACUCUCUUUAAGUCAAUGGGAAUUAAUAGUAGCUUGUUUCUUGCUUCGUUUUUCCUUGUAUUUUUCUUUGGGGGCUUAGCUAUUUUGUAGCACGUUCACCUUUGGGCUUAAUCUGCCAUCACAGACUAAUUUGUUAUCAUUUGUGUUAAUGAGUGUUGAUGCGGUGUGCAGGCUGAGUCAUGAGUUUCGGGGGGAGCCUUGAGUGAAGCCAAUGCCCUCAUCCAUCAUCCCAAUAUAGCGGUCUCACAGGAGAUCCAGUCAGGCAGAGCUGUGACCCUGUUCCAGGCAAACAACCAGGACUAGGAGAUGGCUUUAAGUUGUAUGUGUGCGUGUAUGUGCAAGACCUGCACUGUUAUGUCAGGCAUCUGACCGUGUAAGAGAGGACAGGAUGUGCCACGAGCCGACAAAAUAUCCACAUUUCAUCUGAACACAUUGUUUUACCUAAAUGUCACUGUUUUUUCAUUUGUUUUAACACAAUCCAUACAGUAUACUCAUCAUAAGUCAGUUUCAUUGUACGUAAUGAAGAUAUACAUUUUUUUUUCUGGCUGUAUAUCUGAAUCUACAUGUACAGGUGAGAAAAGUAAUACUGUAUCUUCAUGUU